AACAAUUAAAAUUGAUUGCGAACUUCAGCUCCAGAAUUUUACAGCUCAGUUUGCCAAAUUAUACGGAACAAUAAAUUUUAGCAAAGUUUCGAAAAGUUAAAAAAGCAAAUUAAGAAGAAAAAGAAGAAGUGCGUUUGGAGAGAUGGAUCUGUCUCAUGUUUUCCAAGACCAGUUGUUCCACCCGGAAGACAGCAACGACGAUGAUAUUGAGGAGUGUCUGCACACGAUGGGGAUGGGAUCGGGUGAUGCGAAUGAGACUGUUAGCAAACAGGCGGCAGUCGUCGGCUCCAAGUUCGCAUCCAACAUCCUCAACAAAUCCAACCAACUUGAACGCACCCAGGCAGAACAGUUGGAUUCCGGCAAAAAUGUACAAAAACAGGAUAGAGCGGCUGCUAUGGAACGUGCUGCUGACGAGGAUUCUCGGGAGAUGCUCAGCUUCCUCUGGAUUCUCCGCUCUUGGCUGCUGCAGUGCUCGGCCCACGGAGUUCCCAAGGUCAUAAGUUACACCAAUUUCCAUCGCAAGAUAUUCUGGCUGAGCGCCGUUGUUUUGUCUGCUCUGGCCUUUCUGUACCAAAUAACGUCCAUGUUAAUUGACGUGUAUCAGUAUCCAGUAACGGUCAACUUGCAAAUAGUGCACCAGGACAAGCUCGAUUUUCCAACAGUAACACUGUGCAAUUCGAACAAAAUCAAGGAAUCGUUGCUGCGAAUUUACGCUAAAGGAGAUUCCGACUUGCACAAAGUAAUCACGUUUGAAGAUUUCAACUCUAUCGGCCUACGUGAUAUAUAUAAGGAACUAGUUGCCGCCAAAUCCGCAGCCAUUUUGUUGGGAAACGAGACAGAGACCAACUCAACAUCGACAGUGAACAACUCAACUGCGACCAGUUUCGAGUCGUUUCUUAGCGACCCGAUUCCGAGGUGUGAGAGCGACUACGACUAUUCUGGAGCUCUUCCGGCUAACUUCGAGUGUCUGGAAGAUGAGAAUGUUUGCAUAAGCCCGGACUGGAUCUGUGACGACUAUGUAGACUGCUCGGAAGGCUCAGACGAAGAUACGAAGUUCUGUGGGAGUCGGAGGUGCGACAAGGGCCAAUAUGAAUGCCAAAAUGGAGCUUGUAUCGAUAUUCGAAAAAGAUGCGAUGGGAACUUCGACUGCAUGGAUGGUUCGGACGAAGAAGACUACAUCUGCCGGAGUCCCUCAUUGCUGCCAGAGGUCUUCGUCUGCUGCAUUUCGGAUCGCAUCAUCCGACAGGACCAAGUGUGUGACGGCGUCAUCGACUGCCUCGAAGACUUAUCUGACGAGUAUGGGCCCGCCUGUCCAAUGGGCCAAGAUGACUACUCGCCAGGACCGAAUGAGACGCAAUGCAUAGCCCCUUGGUCAACCCUAUGGAGCUACAUGAAUAACCACAUUUGGAUUUCAAAUGAUCAGCUUAACGAUGGAAAUUUGGAUUGCUACAGGGGCUCUGACGAGUACUGUGGUUGGAAAGAGAGUCUGGAUACUUGGAUUUCUCCGAAGGACUCUGAACAGUACAGGGAGUACCAGAGUGUGCUCGGCCGGCCAGUGGCCAUGAGGUGGUACACUAUGGCCCCCAUGGAGGAAGUGGCCGCUCUGGGUCACACAUACGAAGAAAUGAUCAUCAAGUGCAGUGCCAACAACAAAGACUGCAAUGAAAGUGUGAUCAUAAAUGAAACUGUGUCACCAGACUACGGCAACUGUUUCUCGUUCACAAACUACGGGCCGGUCACUUCAAGUGGAAAAAACUAUGGAUUAAGCCUUUGGUUCAACCUUGAGGUAUAUGACACUUUGGGGUUGUUUACUCCGACUUCUGGACUGAAAAUGUUUCUAACUCCGCCAGGAUUGGUUGAUCGCAAUGGAGACAUCUUCAUAGAUUUCGCAAGUGAGCUAAGUCUCCCGCCAGGAUUCGAACACCUGGUUUCUGUUCAGCCAAGUAACAUUCAGAAGUUGACAUAUCCUUUCAGUUUUUGUGAAAAUUACGGCGAGGGUAGACUGCAAAUGUACAACACACGUCUCGAAUGUCUAAUGGAAUGCUUAGAUUUCUUGAAAGUGGAAGAAUGUGGGUGCAUCGACAACCUUCUGAUCAAAGAGCACCCGCUGUGCAACAUCAGUCAAAUCAAAGCUCGAGCAUGUGUUGACUAUAUAAACGAGAACACAAACCCGAACAUCGCAUGUGACUGCCCGAAUGAAUGCAGUGUUAAGUCGUUUGGCGUCCAGAUUACUCAACUUGAGUGGCCAACAAACCGAUCCAUUGCGAGAUUUGUGGCCAGUGUUUACCAUGAUCUAAAUGGCUCCGCAGUUGACUAUCUCAUGACUGCAAUUGAUAAGUACUCAGAUGAUAAGAAUGCGAACUCUCAAACCGCAUUGACCCAGUUGAGGUCAACUUUCGGAAGUGUGACCGUGUACUUUCGUGACCUCUCUGAAACAGUUAUAGUGGAGCGGUCAGUUUAUAACUUCGUUCUGGUUAUUUCGAACUUUGGCGGCCUUCUAGGACUUUAUUUGGGAAUCAGUGUUUUGACAGUUUUGGAGCUGGUCGAUUUUGUAUUCGAUAUGACGGAGUAUCUCAGAAUUCGAGGGAAGAAGCAAUCAUUUGAGAAGUAUAUGAAUGAGAAAGAGGGAACUGCGGAGAAAGUAUCGUCCAUGGGCGAGAGUUCUAUCAGGACCGCAUCUAGUAGUUUGUCCGUGGGCAACGAUUUCUCCGUCAGAAGAAGCAACUUCGGGUUCUUCAGUGAUCCUGGCAUGACCAAAAAUAAAUAGAAUUGUACUGGUUUUGAAACAGUGGUGGUUAUUGUUGUAUCGCUAAAACGCUGUUAUAAAUGUCUAACUGUAGCAUAAAAUUAUACGCUUUUAGCCCAUAAUUUAAACUUCUUCCCAAUUUUAAUCCUAAAAUAACCCACGCUUUCCUUUAAUUUUGUAUUUAUUGUCAAACUAAAAUGUUCAGUUUUGAAAAAAUGGAUAUCCAUUUAUUGCAGAAGUGAUAUAUCAUUUUGUAGCCCUUUUAUUUAUGUCGCAUUCGUGUUGCCAUUUUAUUCGUGUUGUAGCAAUUGGAGUUUCAUGAGAAAAACUCUGUGGAUAUACUUAACAAUCCCCCUAUAGUAUCUACAAAUGAAUUUUCAC